AUGAAGGACAAAAUAGAACUAUAUCUAAAGAAGACAUCAGAAGAUGAUUGGAAACCGGACAACUGGAUAAUACAGUUCUGGGCACCUAAAACGGUGUUGAAUCGGUUGUGCUUAGCAACUACACAUCAGCCUUAUGCGGUUGGUAGUCUUACAAAAGACAUAGAUUCUUUUAGGAAGAAAUGCAUGGAACAUUAUUAUUUGGUAGAUGACGAAGCCAAAGAGGAGGAACUCGGACCCCCCGGACGAGUCUUCAGAAAUAGGCAGCCUGAAAUAACUAGUGACCUCUUCCAGUACACUACAAAAGAAUAUCCAAUUAGGAGUGAUGCAAUGUAUUGCUGUAAUGAAGGAGGAUAUUUUGCUUUCCCAAUAUUUGAUGAUGAAAACAAUCACCAGUGUGAUGGUGUGCUGGAGUUCGUCGGAUUUCCUCACUGUCACCUUAGACGCAUUGCAAGAACACUAGAGAUUGGGAAACUGUGGUCGACUACCAAUGAUUUCCACAGCAAUUUCUUAUCAAAUCAACGAGAUAUUCUCACUGGCAGAGAAGAAGCUUUGAUUGAAAUUUGCAAUCUCCUUCAACAGUCACAUGGGUACCAUCGCAAAAUUGUUGGGGCAAAUGUUUGGGUCAUUAAUGGAGAAUGUGUUAGUACUUCAAAUACUAAUAUGACUUGCAUGAAGCUCGCACUGUCUACUGAUUACGUGGGCAUAUAUUUAUCAACAAAUGUUGUACCCAGAGAUGAAAAUGUUCACACGAUUCACGUAAAUGGCAGAAAAGGGAUUGUUGGGAUUGCAUUGGAAUCUGAAAGCAAAGCUUGUUUUUGCCCUGAUAUUGAAUCAUCUUCUUUGGAUCCGGGUUGCCUAAAUAUUAAUUUAUCUGUCUUGGAUCCGGGUUGUAUUGGUUGUUUUGCAAUUUGUAUGCAAAGUUCACACACUGGUGAUCUUGUUUAUGUUAUGGAGUUCUAUCUUUCAAACAAUAAAGUUAAUGCUCACAUCCUGCAAUUCUUGGACUUCUUUCUACAUAAAAUGAAGCGUGAACUCAAAACGUUCAAGAUGGAAUGUGGGAAAGAGCUAGGAGAAGAAUUGGUGGUUCAAGUUAUAGAUGUUAAUGGCAACAAAGUAGAAAAAUUUGUUCUUAAAGGUAAGGUACGCAUUCCAGCUAGAUGGCCAAAUAGAGAGGAACAAAUGAAGAAUCAUCCCCUUUUAGAAGGAACAAGUGUCGAGGAACCUCGAGGAGAUACAAACAAGGAAAGCAUUCAUUCACGCAUUGUUGGGGAGACAGAUAAGGUAGUUAAAAAACGGAAACUUGAAGAAGAUAUGAUGAAGGCAAUGAUGGUAUCUUCUGAUGAUACUGAUUUACAACUUAGAGUCAGACCACAACAAGCGAUUAGAGUUUAUCCACUUCUGGUUUUUUUCUGGUUCUUUCCCAAAUCUUAG